AGUAGCUCCUGCCACCGUGCGCACGUUUGGACGCGGCAUGCAUGCAUCAUCACUCCCGUCACCGGCGGCCAACAAUUACAAACCUGCCAUCCGCCGGUGCACCUCCUCCGCCUUUAUAACCGCACCCAACGCCUGCACCUCGGAAAAUUUCAUUCCCCCCUCAUCUCAAUCUACCCAGCCUGCUCUAGCUUCUAGCUACCUCACGCCGACGUGCUCUAGUUGCGGCGAUGACAAUCGAGUUGCAGGCUCGGCCGUCGGGGAUGACAAUGAUGACGACACCGCGCACGGUGGCGGGACUGCCGGCGGGGUUCCGGUUCCACCCGACGGACGAGGAGCUAAUCGUGCACUACCUCCGGCGGCGCGCAGCUUCGGCGCCGUGCCCGGCUGCCAUCAUCGCGGAGGUGGACAUCUACAAGCUGGACCCCUGGGACCUCCCCUCGAGGGCGGUGUUCGGGCAGCCGGAUGGCAACGAGUGGUACUUCUUCAGCCCCCGCGAGCGCAAGUACCCCAACGGCGUCCGCCCCAACCGCGCCGCCGGGUCUGGGUACUGGAAGGCCACCGGCACCGACAAGCCCAUCACCGCCGGCAGCGUGCCGGGUGGUGAGAUGGUCGGCGUGAAGAAGGCGCUGGUGUUCUACCAGGGUCGGCCACCCAAGGGGAUGAAGACCAACUGGAUCAUGCACGAGUACCGCUUAGCCGCCGCCGUCAACACGUACCAGCCGCCCUCCAAAUUCAAGGCCUCGUCCUCCAUGAGGCUGGACGACUGGGUCCUGUGCAGGAUCUACAGGAAGCCCAACCAGCAGCUGUCACCGUUCUACGACCCGUCGCCGUCGCCGCCGUCCAUGGACGCCGGCGGCCACGGCCACCGCCACUACCAGCAGCAAGAGGAGAACUCCACCUCCUCCUCUAGGAUGUUGCCCAGGGCUCCGUCCAUCUCUGACUACCUCGUCGACUACCCCGCUGUCUCCGAGCUCUUCGACACCAUGCCGGCGCCGCCAGAGCCCGAACUAAGCUCCGGCGCCAGCCGGCUCUUCGUCAGCAGCAUCAACCGCGGCGAGGACAGCACGGAGCGGAAGAGGCAGACGCCGACGGAGUAUAUUAAUGAUGAUGGGGGUGAUAUGUCAUCGCUGCGUGCUUCCAAGAGGUUGUUGAGCAGCGAUGCGUCCAUGACGACGAUGAACAACACCUACUCCAUGUUUGGGCCGGAUCAGCCUUCUUCCCAGGACAGGAUAUGACCGAUGAUCUCUAAUUAGGGCUAGGAGAAAGAUAGGCAGCUAGCGAAUUGACUAUAGACACAUUCAUUAUUCAAUACUGAUGCCGGUCGAUCGAUCCAGGAAAGAUCUAUUACUUGUGCAUGAUUUAUACUUAGAUCAGACUGAAGUAUAUUGUAUACAAUUAGUGCAACAUAGUGUAUAGGAUUAUUCCGAGGAGAAGAUGUAAGGACUUAUUUCACACUAGCUAGAACUGGUUGUACAUACAGGUCUAAUUUGUGUGUAUGUAUAUGUAGGGUAAUGAAUUAACUAGGGUGUAAAUUAUGGAUAACAUUGAAUAAAAUUAGAGUGAAUUCCGUUUUUUACCC